AAGAUGUUUGUCAGAAUAAGGCAAAUGUCUGAUAAUGGCUUUCACCCGAUGGCCCAAUAUGAGACUCUCGAUGCUUGCCCGGCAGCUGGUCCUUCGUACAUUCUUGUCGAGAUCUUUGGCGACUUUGUCGGCAUCAUGGUACGGGAUCUUUUGGAUGUGGGUCGGUAUUUUUGGAUUUGGAAUUGGAAGACAGGGAUAUGUCAAUGUGAACUCUCGGGUUCCGUAAUGGAGUCGUUUCUUUUCUUGUCUCCGCGCCAUUUCAUAAUUUUUCGACAUGGGGGGGGCUCUGUCUCACUAGAGGUCUAUUCAUUUAGACCUUGUCAUUACGACGGUCCCCCUGUUAAACUUUUCCUUCCAUCUCAGCAUGUCGCAACAUUCCAAUUACCCAAUUUCUCACCCGGGGCGGCGUAUGCACACAUCAUGCGGCUGCACUGCCGGCCCAGUCCUGUCUUUGAAGCUCCAGAAUAUGAGAUUUUAUCCAAGGGAGACCCGAUGCCUACAAACAAACCUAUUCCAAGCAUGCCCUCCUUCUCAUCAAGUUCAGUUCAAGAUUCCUCCACAACCCCAAUCAAUCCGCCAAAAUGGGGGGGUACAUACGCUACCAACGGACCGUUUGUUCGUCCCCGGCAGGACGAUUUCAGAGUCGCUGUCUUUUCACUUACUCUGAAAUCCUUGGAAGGGGAUGGGUCUUACAAGAUGUUUAUCGCCGUGUCUGAUAUUUAUCGCAUGACCAAACGUUUCGAGAGCAAUUUUCAUACCAGUGGAAAGAUGCUGGAUGACGAUCUAGAUGCUAACUCUUACGCCGACUGCGUGCUCCCUAUCCGUGUUCCAUGGGAUGAUUGGGGACCUCGUUCUGCGCGCCUGUUGGAGACUACGAAUAGGACGACAUUCUACUCUAUUUUCAUGAACCGAUACAUUUUUAGCACCCUCGAGCAUGUACCGAUGCCUGAAAUGACUCGAGAGAAUCCCUGCUUUACCCGCCUUCAUAUACUAGACUUCAAUCCCUAUUCAGCUCGUGCUGGGUCUAUUGGCGUGAGGGAUAACACCGAUUCCGAUGAUAGGAUUGAGCAUGGCGCAGACGCGGAAAGACAGUCAAGCAACGAGGAGCCCGCUUCAUCCGGUUCGAUCAGGCCACCAAGGAUAUCAAAGGAUUACGGGGUUUCAGGCCGUAUGAAGAUUCACCUCGAACCAACUGUAUUCCCAAGCCCUGAUGCUGUUGACAAGGUCGUCACUGGACUUCCAUACCGCGAGGUGACGAGUGAUGACACAUUGCAAGGAGAUCUGUUACCGAUGAUAGACGCAGAGAGGAUAUUGCUCCUUGAGGGAGGACAAAGCCCUGUGAAAGCCCUGGUCAUUUAAACGCAUGUCGCCCGUAUGGAUUGUCUAAUAUUAUCCCAGUUUGCAAGGCCGCCACAGUGCUCUGGACCUUCAUGUUGCUGAGCCCAGCUAUAUGUAGUGCACCAUUUCGAAUUAUUAGAUUAUGUAUCGAAUACCUUGUUGCUGACUCUUGAUGGUGCAAGGCUUCCCAGCCGAAGUUCUGUCAUCUGGGGGCCGCUGAACCGGGUUGCCAUAUUUGGAAUGCCAGAUUUUUUACAACAAAUGUCCUCAACCAGC